AUGUCGACAACCUCCCUCCAAUCGUUUGCCGAUCUCUAUUCCCCCUUCUCAUCCCGAUCGCAACCCGCUCGAAUGUCUCAGUCACAAACCCCCGGAUUGGAUACACUCGCCGAAGGAUCACAGUAUGCGCUAGAGCAGCUGCAGCUGGCGCGACAAGCUGGCCCAUCGGCCAAUUCCUCAAUCGAUCCUGACCGCGGCCAUCUCGAUGCCGACUCGACCCAAUCGCCACCUCCGUCCUAUCGCGAACAUAAUGGCUCUCAGUCUGGUGGGAAGGUUUCUGUGCAGCAGCGAGACAUGCUAGCCGAAGCUCGGUCGGCAAUUCGCAAGGGUUCAUCUUCGACGCCGGUACGCCGGCGAAUAAGUCGCGCGUGCGACCAAUGCAACCAGCUUCGCACCAAAUGCGACGGACAGCAACCCUGUUCACAUUGCAUCGAAUUUGGUCUAAGUUGCGAGUAUGCACGAGAACGCAAGAAACGUGGAAAGGCCUCCAAAAAAGACCUUGCAGUGGCCGCCGCGAACGGUGAAAAAAUCAUCCCAGAUGGCGCAGCCGGACAAGAGAACUCGCCACCUUCCCAGUCACCCCACGAUCAUAAUGGCUCUUAUAAUCCGACUUUCAAUGUUCCGGCUGCGCGCACACUGCCGGAGUCAGCGCAAUCACAUUUGCGCAAUGCUAGCAUCACAGGGAUGGACAGGAUGCAGCAGAACCCACACACUCAACCGCUACAUCAGGAGCCUUUAGGGACAAAUAUUGAUGGCAUGUCCUUAAAUUAUGGGAAUGUGACCGAAUCAAAUCGCCCUCCGAUGUCCGUGUCAGAUCUUCGCUCAUUGCAGAUGAUGCAACACUCCAACGGAAACCCUCGAUCACCAUCUGCAAUGCUACACCAAGGAUUUGGAUCAGGCUACAAUGACGGUUCAUAUCCGGUGAUGAACAAUCAUGAGGCCAAUCCGUCGAUCAACCAAUUUCGCAUGGGUGCUUCUACAGAAAACCCGUCCGCUGCAUUUUUGGGGUUCACUCCGCCAGCACAGUCUCCAAGCUGGCUUCCUCUCCCGUCACCAUCUCCCGCCAACUUUCCGUCUUUCAGCAUCGCUCCAUUUUCUGGCUCACUAAGAUACCCCGUUUUACAGCCCGUUCUUCCCCAUAUUGCCUCCAUAAUUCCCCAAUCUCUCGCAUGCGAUCUUUUGGAUGUUUACUUUACAAGCUCAUCGUCAUCGCAUCUUUCGCCAUUGUCGCCAUACGUUGUUGGCUUUGUUUUCCGCAAGCAGUCUUUCCUCCAUCCAACAAAACCAAGAGUCUGUAGCCCGGGCCUUCUGGCCAGCAUGCUCUGGGUGGCAGCACAAACAAGUGAGGCUGCCUUCUUAACUUCUCCUCCGUCAGCUCGAGGGCGUGUCUGUCAAAAGUUGCUCGAAUUGUCAGUUGGCUUGCUCCGGCCGCUGAUCCACGGGCCUGCCACGGGAGAAGCAUCUCCAAAUUAUGCGGCGAACAUGGUCAUAAAUGGCGUGGCUCUCGGAGGAUUUGGCGUUUCCAUGGACCAGUUGGGUGCGCAGAGCAGCGCGACGUGCGCUGUGGACGACGUUGCUACUUAUGUGCAUCUGGCCACCGUCGUUUCGGCCAGCGAGUACAAAGCAGCCAGCAUGCGCUGGUGGACUGCUGCUUGGUCUCUUGCGCGGGAGCUCAAACUUGGUCGAGAAUUGCCACCAAACGCUGCUUCCCGCCAAGACGGAGACUUGGAGGGGGAAGAACUGGACAUCAAUGGCAACAAAAGGCAGUCAGCAUCGCUUCUUAACUCUUUGGGCCAUGGGCCUGGAAGCUCUGCGGUGAAUCUUACAGAGGAAGAGCGCGAGGAGCGUCGGCGCAUCUGGUGGUUGCUAUAUGUGAUGGAUCGACAUCUGUCGCUUUGCUAUAAUCGUCCCCUGACUCUGCUGGACAAGGAGUGUGAAGGCUUACUACAACCCAUGAACGAUGAUCUCUGGCAGGCGGGUGAUUUCUCGGCUGCCAGCUACCGACGAGCGGGUCCGGCUUUCGAGUGCACUAGUCAUAGCAUGUUUGGUUACUUUCUACCCCUGAUGAGCAUCCUUGGUGAGAUUGUGGAUUUGCAUCAUGCUCGAAACCACCCCCGAUUUGGACUUCAUUUCCGCAAUAGUGGAGAAUGGGAGAGCCAAGCCUUGGAGAUCACCCGCCAAUUGGAUGUGUAUGCUCAGAGCCUCAAGGAGUUUGAGGCUCGGUAUACCAGCCCAAUUGGUUUGGGGGCCGGAGACAACGAUAUCGCUAUGGAAGGAGGGCAUCCGAAUCAUGUUAGCCCAUCUGGUCGCUCUAGUAGCACAGUGGGAUCAUUCAACGAGUCUGUUGUGCACACGAAAAUGGUUGUCGCCUAUGGCACCCACAUUAUGCAUGUUCUUCACAUCCUAGUGGCGGACAAGUGGGAUCCAAUCAAUCUUCUCGAUGACAAUGACCUUUGGAUCUCCUCUGACUCGUUCAUCUCCACCAUGGGCCAUGCCGUUAGUGCCGCUGAGGCAGCCUCCGAUAUCUUGGAAUACGACCCAGACUUGAGCUUUAUGCCAUUCUUCUUUGGCAUAUAUCUUUUGCAGGGCAGUUUCCUUCUACUUUUGACCGCAGAUAAGCUGGCUGGAGACGCUAGUCCCAGUGUUGUCAAAGCCUGUGAGACCAUCGUGCGCGCACACGAAGCAUGCGUUGUUACUUUGAAUACGGAGUAUCAGAGAACCUUCCGCAAGGUAAUGCGCUCAGCUCUUGCCCAGGUCCGCGGUCGAGUCCCCGAGGACUCUGGUGAGCAGCAACAACGGAGACGUGAAGUAUUAGCACUAUAUCGAUGGAGUGGAGACGGCAGUGGUCUUGCUCUUUGA